AUGUACUGCGCAGAAUGCGGGCAUCCGCUCCCCGAUAUUCGCGAUGACAAUACAACAUGCAGCAAAUGUAAAACCCGACUGGGUACCUGGUGGGACGAAUCCUCCAAAACCAUGCGCACAAACCGCGAAGCUUUCGUACCAACCAAUAUGAUGAGCGAAUUAAUGGGAGGUAGAAGUCAUUUCGAGAUCAACAAAAAGGUUUCCGAAAGGACAAAUACAUAUGGAUUGGAAGAAAGAGGAUUCCUGGCCACAUUAACAUUGUUGGAAAUGCGAUGGGGACCAGGUGGUGGAGCGGGUCUGGGGAGGAAAACAAUGGAGGGUUUGGGGAAAAUGAUCAGGAGUACAUUGGACAUGUCACUUUCUCGAGGAGAGGUGCGCGAGGCACUCGCUAAGAAUGUGGAUAUCUGGAUGCGUCUUCAGCGGAUUUUUUAUCUGGCUGUUCCCAUAUUGGUCUCGCGAUCUUUGCGCGAAUCGUACACGGAACAGGGUGCGCCGUCCGGACUGGAUGUUUCCGAGAGUGUGGCGCUUAUUCUGAAGAAUUUUGAUGCGUUGACGGAGGAUUUGGGUUAUUUGAAUAAUUUGUUGGUUGUUAGUCGGAAUAUGUUGGCGGUUAAGGAGACGGCGCAGGAGAUUUGUAGGGCGGUGGGCUUGGAUAAGCAGGUUCAUAAGUUGAUUAUUCUUUGUGUUAAUGUUACUAGUAAGGGGUAUGAUGGGGAGAAUGUGGAUGAGAAUAGUAGGGGGAGAUUGAAUGAGGUUACGGAACUUUAUAAGAAACUUCUGGUUACUUGUUUACAACAUACGCAUAAUUGGACUAUGGGUAAUGAUAGGUUCAAGAUGUCGUUUUGGUUCGAUAUGCUCUUCGAUAAUGAUUUGCAUAAUGAUCCUGUUCAUGAAUUACCUCCAGAUGAUCUAAAUGUGGAAAAGGUAUAUCAUGAGGUUAAAAAUUGGUUGACUAGACAUUCUGCCGAUCAAGAUGAAACAGCUAGGGAGCUUCUGGAGAAAUAUGCUGCGGAAGCUGAUAUGGCUUGUACACCGGGUCCACUUCCACAAAUCGAUGAAUUUACCGUGACGGAUGCGGAUAAGGAAAUUGAUCCUGAAGAAACGACUCCAGUUUGGAAACCUGAAUUGACGGAUAAAUAUGAGCAAGAUCGACUUUAUGCUCGUGUGUCUCAUGAGAUUGAUAUUUGGUGGAAACGUCAAAGAGAUCAAAAUUAUGAGGGUUGGGUUGUGAAGAUGGUAUCUGUGGAAGAUGCGAUGAAGCGUGCAGAGGCUUGUAAGGAGACUGCUAUGCAUAGGUUUCUUCCUCAACGGGCUUUCCAGGAUCAGGAUGCCUAUGAUCAGGAUGAACCGUUAGAGGAACCACCUCUACAUGAUGAGAUUGAUGAUACUCGAUCGAUGGAUGGACAUGAUGGUGAGGAUGAUGGUGAAGAAGAGGAUGAGGAAGAUGAUGAUGAAUCUUAUGCUGAAGGGCCUUUGAGAGGUCUUUUGACCGAAAUUCCUAAUAUUCUCGACACGAAACAAAUCGAAGCUCUUCACAUGACUGUCAAAGCUUGUAUCGUCGAUUCCAUGGGUUCAGGACUUACACCAGCUGGUGAAAAUCUUCAAAAGACACGAUGCAAAAUGUUUUUGGCUUUGGAUUGUGGAAAGAAUUUACUUAGAGAAAUGUUGGUUUUUAUCGCUGUUUGGGAACAAACUGAUCAACAUUUCAUUUUUCAAAUUACUGCUCAAAUCAUUGAGUCUUUCCAUCAUAAUGCUUUAUUGCCAUAUGCUUGGAGUUCUCUUAGGAUCAUGAAGGAUAUUGUAUCACCGGCACAAACUGUCCUUUUACGUCUCAUUAACUAUAUGUUCCGAGCUCGAAAGGAUAGUCCUAUCUAUGACGAUUUGAGAGAUUACAACCGAGAUGCAAAACUCAUUCAUUUCCUCUUUACAUAUUUCCGUACACGAGUCGUACCUGAUUGUAUUGCUCUCAUUCAUGCGCAAGCUCAAAUUCGAACUCAAAAGAGCGAUCCAAAUGAUUUCCCAGUGGAUUUGUGGGAUAUGGAACGUGCUAAGGAUGGACUUUCACAAUACCUUGAUUUUAUAUCUGUUAUUGCCGAAAUACCGGAAAUGAGACCACUUCUCAUUGAAUGGGAAUGUGUCUACGAACUUGUUGCUCUUCUUCGGGCUCUUGAACAAGGUGUGGCACGAAAAAAUCUUUCCGAACAACCUUUACCAAAUCGUCGACCGGCACCUGUACCUCAACCAGGAGGUGGAAUUCAAGCAAUUGAACGUCCAUAUGAAAGCCCUACUUCACAAAACUCCCCUCAAUUUCAAGGACCAGGACAAACUCUUCCACCGCUUCACGAUACACCACAUAAAUUCCCAUGGUCGGGUAUUAAGAUUCAAAUACUUAUUAUUCUUACUUCAUUAGUAGCACCUAAUAAUCCUAGGAGACAAGGACCUGGAAAUCCAAUUGUGCAAAAACAAUUGUUGGAUCAAAAUGGAAUUAUGCCGUUGUUGAAUUGUUGUGUUUAUGAUGGUCAUAAUGAGUAUAUUAAGGAGAGGGCGACGCUUUGUUUGAAAUAUGUUAUGGAGGGUUGUGAGGAGGCACAGAAAUGGGUUAAGGAUUUGGUGCCGGCUAAUAAACAGAGGGCGGCUCAGGGAGCGAAUGCAAGUGUUGGUGCAGGAGGGAUGAGUGGGAAUGGCAGUGGAGGUGGAGGUUUAAAUGAGGGUGGUAUAUCAGAUGUUAAUAGAAUGGCUAGAAGUCCACGUGCAGGGUUUGGUGGUGCUGGAGGAAUGCCUAGAGGUGGUGGAGUGGUUGGUGGUGCAGGAGUGGCUGGUGGUAUAAAUACAAAUGUUAGUAAAGGUCCAGGUGGUGAAGCGACGAUGGGAAAUACUUUGGAUGUGGAUCCGGCGUUGCAAUUGGAGAAGUUGAGAUUGCAGGAGAGGGUUAGGGUUGCGGAGCUAAAGGCUAGGGAGAUGAGGGGGAGGGAGAAUGAGAAGGGUCAGGGGAAGUAG